AUGCACUUCCUCAAGCAAGCAGAACAGCCCAACCACGACUGUGGCCUCGCUUCUCGUGACUUGGAUGAGGUUAGGGACUUUGACACCCGAGAUUUCGACGCGGACUGCGACCUACUCGCCCGCAACUUCCUCUAUGAAAACCCCAAGCAUGAGCGGGCAGGUAAUAGCCGGUCGGUCCACUGGCGUUUUGGCGAUGAUGCUGAUACGGCGGUACAGAGGGCCACGAGAGGCCACUUGAAGAUUAAACUGCCCACACCUUCGGAAAUUCACAAAAAGAAACUUCAGACUAUGGUAGAAUGGUUCAAGUAUCCUGCAAUGAGAUUCAUUUUAACGAAAAAGAAGGGCAAAGAUGACCUAGAUGAGCCUGAUGACCUAGACGCCCGGGAUAUCGAGGUCCUCACGACCAGAGAUGACGAGCUCGAGCUUUCUGACCUUGUCGGCCGCGAGAUCCUAUAA